AUGCAAACCCCAUCCUGCCUCGUCCAGCUCCUCCUAACCCUCACCAUCCUUACCACAAUCGUUUUCGCCACUCCAGUCACCCGAACAGCAGCAUACGCAGACAUCGAGAAACGAUGGGCCGAGGGCAUGAGAGAUGAGCGCGAACUCCACUCCGGCCUCUCGCAUCGAGACAUGACGCCCGCUUGGUCCAUGCACGCCCGCGACGCCGAAGAUGACGAAGACUUCGCGAGUGCGACGUGGACACGAGCCAAGAGGACAACGAGCCUGAUGGACAGGAUGCAGGCGUUUGCGGAGAGGGUUAUGAGGGAGAAGGGAGUGACGUUGGGGGCGAGGAAGAGGGAGGCGGUGCAGGUGACGGAUAGUCAAAGGCCGUGGAAGCCGCAGUAUUAUUUUAGUUAUUGA